GCUGCCGCGGCGGCCGCGUAGCUGAGCUCUGUCCCCGGGCCUGCGCACGGCCCUCAGCACCGAACGGAGGAACGGAGCGGCCGAACGACCGAGGCCAGAGGGAGGCUGGGUCACACGGAGGACCGAGGCCCGUGCGCUCCGACGUCCACGCCUCCAGACGCGGCGCGAGCCUGCGGAGGAGCCACAGACUCGGGUGGCGUGGAUGUGUUCGCGGGCCACUUUUUGGCUGACGUCCCCUGUGCUAACAGCAGGAUGGGCCGGCUAGCAAUGGCAAUGGACAUCUAUGACUCUCAGUACCUGCUCAUCCUAGCCCCUUCCCUGGUCAUUGCCCUCAUGUUCCUCUUCUUCUGGCUCUUCAUGAAGGAAACCUCCUACGAUGAGGUCCUGGCCAAGCAGAAACGUGACCUCAAGCUACCAUCAUCCAAGCCUGACACCCGUAAGAAGAAUGAGAAGAAGAAAAGCAAGAAGAAAGAGAGUGUAAGUGCAGGUGGAGGAGAGUCUGAGGAGGACCUGCGGGAGUUUGAUUUAGCUGAUGUUGCCACUCUGGAGGAGGAACCUGCCCCAGUGGCUCCACCAGAACCAGCUCCACCAAUACCAACUACUCAUGUUCCAGUUCCAGUCUCAACGGAAGCUCCUACUGGUUUGAGGGAGAGAAAGAAGAAGGAUAAAAAGGCCAAGGCUGCUGCUGCUGCUGCAGCAGCUACACCUACACCUACACCUACUCCACCUAUUCCUGUCCCCUCUGAGCAACCAGAAGUGAAUGGGUCCAAGCCAGUUAGCCACAAGGCAGAGACAGCGUUUGCUUCAAGCAGACAGCCCAGCCUGCACUCUCCUCAACUUGAGGUUCAGUCUCCAGUCCAAACCACUUCGGCUUCUCUUCAAGGUCAGACCCCCCCUCAGAUCACUGGCAAGAAGAAGGACAAGAAGAAGCAAAAAGCAGAGUCAGGUAAUGACCAGCAACCCGAGCUGAAAGCAGUGCAGGCUCCUCCACCAGUGAAGAAGGAGGCUCCCAUUUCUUCUGAAACCAAAGUUCUGGAUGGUGCAACCCCAGUUAUUACCACUGGGAAGAAGAAGAACUCUUCUAAGAAGCAGAAGACAGAGCCUGAUGAAACUCGUGUCGUGACUGACUCGUCAGCCUCCUCCAACCACCAGACCACUCAUAAUGAUGAUGUACCAUCCAAAGGAACUGGCAAGAAACAGAAGAAUGAGACUGACAAAGAGAAUACGGAAGUGAAGCUGAAGGAACUCCUGUCUGGUCUAUCCACCCUGACUCUGUCAGAAGCCGAGACUUUCAGUGUAAUAAAUCUUCUUCGAGAGAAGAGUCCUAACGUCUUGGAUGCCUGGCACAAAUCUACAGCCAGACCUGACCCAGUUGCCCAGGAGCGCGAACGACUUCUUACAACUCUGCAGGAAGAGGCCUCCAUCGCUAAAGACAAAGUGAAACAGCUCAGCCAGGAGCUUCAAGUUGAGAAGCAAAAGACGGGCCGAGUGGAGGCCAUGAUGAGAGACCAGCGUGCAGCCAUGGAGAAAGAAAUGGGGAACAUGCAGGCCAAAGCGCAGGGCAGUUUCCAGGAGCUUCAGACCAUGCAAAUAAAGUUUCAGCAGGUGAGGGAGCAGCUGGAUAGCCAGAUCAGUCGGCUGCAGCAGGAGAACGGCAUUCUGAGGGACGCGGUCAGCUCUGCAACCAACCAGAUGGAGAGCAAGAAUUCAGCCGAGCUGAACAAGCUGCGCUCGGAGUAUGCCAGUCUGAUGAAAGAGAUGGCAGAUCAUAAAGGCAAGCUGCAGCAGGAGGAGCACCAGAGGAAGUCACUGGAGGUUGGCUACAAGCAAAAUGUCUCCCAGCUGGAGGCCCAACUGCAAGAUGCCAAGCGACGCUGGGAAGAGCUGCAGAACUAUAUCCACAGUGUCAACAGUGAGAGGGAAAAGCUUCAAGCUUCAAAGCAAGAGCUCCACAACCAGCUCAUGGAAGCAGAGACUGAGAUGAACAGCAAGAACAAGGAGAUUCAGAGCCUGCAUAGCAGCCUGACUGAAGCUAUGGUCGCCAAGGAGCGAGUAGAGCAGAGAGUGCUGGAACUGAUGGAGAUGACCAAGCACAGUAUGCCAGACGACUCGCUGCAGGCCCAGGUUCAGGAACUUUUAAAUGAAAACAAAAAUCUUGUGGUCCAAAAUGAGCAAAUGCAAGCUCAGAUCUCGUCACAGGCCACUCAUGUUUCCCACAUUGAAGAGCUACAGAAGCUACUGGCUGACAAGGAGUUGAAGAGGAAGAGUCUGGAGGAUUCUUUGAAUGCUGAGAGGAGCAGUGGGGCCAGUAGAGAAACUAACAUGCAGGCCUUGCACAAUGAUAAUAUGUCACUGAAGGCAGAGGUUCAGAAACUGCAGGCACAGAUUUCUAAACAGACGGAUUCUCAGCGAGCUUUGGACGUGUACCAGAAGAGUGUUCGAGAGAAGGAGGAGAACAUGAAAACAGUAGAGGGUCUAUUGGAGAAAGGGCUGAUUGAGGUGGCUAACAAGGAAGAGGAACUGAAGGCAAUAAGAAAAGAGAAUGGAGAACUAAAACAAGAGCUGGAGGGUCUUAAGAGAAAGGAAACCCAAUGGGCAACGUCAGAGUUCAUAGUGGAGGAACUUCAGACCAAAAUCCAAGAGAAAGAAGUGCAGCUCAAAUCAAUGGAAGAGAAUCUACAGGCGGCACGAGACAGCAGCUCUGCUAGAGGGAAAACAGUUGAGGCUCUAGAACAGCAGUUGGCUACCCUGCAGGCAGAGCUGGAGCAGCUGAGACAAAGGGAAAAGCUAGAAGAACUGACCAGUUCUGGCACCCAGCUUCAAGAACUUGAGGCUCAGCUGGUGACCAAAAGCCAGGAAAUUCAGAAGCUGCAGGUUGAGCUGGAUUCAAGGACUAAAGAGCUGAGUGAAAAGGUGGCGCAGAUCCAUCAACAGCAGUCCCAGGCAGCAGUGCCAAGCCCAGAGCUGCUUACAGCGUUGUCACUGAAGGAGAAGCAGGUAUCGGAUCUGCAUGUUGAGCUGGCUGAGAUGAAGGACUCCCUGGAGCUGCACAGGAAGAAGAACAACGAGCUUCGGGAGAAAAACUGGAGUGCAAUGGAAGCUUUGUCAGCCACCGAGUCCAUGCUUCAGGGGAAACUCAGCAAAGCUGUCAAGGAGCACCAGACAGUGCUGGCAGUGUGUCAGGCUGAGUGUAGAGAUGUUCUGCACAGACUUCUGCCCCAUGUGCCUCUGCCCACUGAACAGAACCAUCAUGAGUGGCUUCACAGAUUUGAGAGAGCGGUAGCUGAAAGCGCAGCUGUGCACUCCACCUCUGCAUCAAACUCUGAGGCGCUGGCUGAGAAACUGAAAGAAGCAGAGGAAACACAGAAGAUUUUACAGAAGGACUGUGAGACAUACAAGAAGGUUUUGGCUGAGACGGAGGGCAUCCUACAGCGCCUCCAAAGCAGCGUAGAGCAGGAGGAGUCUCGCUGGAAGGUGAAGCUGGAGGUGUCACAGACAGAGCUCAAAGAAAUGAACCAGAAGGUCACAGCGCUGGAGCAGGAGAUUGAAAGACUGACUGAUGGAGCAGAGUUGGAAAAUCUGAAAAGAGAGAAGCUGCACUUGGAGUGUGAGUUGGAGAGGGCAGAGCGGGAAAGCGCCACCUAUGUGACGGAGGUCAGAGAGCUGAAAGAUCUGUUGACUGAAUUGCAGACCAGGCUUGAUGGCUCAUAUACAGAGGCUAUCAGACAGAAUGAGGAGCUGAAUGUGCUGAAAAACCAGCUCACUGAGACUCUGUCCAAGCUGGAGACAGAAGAGAGUGAACGGCAAAACGUGGCUAGUGACUUGUAUAAGGCCCAGCAGUCUCUUGAUCUCAUCCAGGGGGAGCUCUCAAAGGUGACAAACACUGAUGACCUGAUCGAAAAUACCAGUUUGUCGUCACAGAGAGAGGAGAUUGACAGGAAGGAGAAAAUGACUGCAGGACUGAAGCAAACUGUCAGAGAACUGCAGCAGCUGCUACAAACAGUGAGUCGACAACUCACCAAGGCGGAGGAAGAGGAGGCUGACAAAGAUCUACCCAAGGUAUAGUCAGAGAGAGAUGGACCCCGAGCAGCCACCCUGACUGCACUACAGAGACCAUUUUCGACCUUGGCAUCAUCCCUACCACCAGUACGCCGUACUGUCACACGUAGCCACCUCCUUCCUCCCACCUCCGUCGCCUCGCCUGUUCUGCCACCUCCAACUGACUCUGGCCGAGGUGCUUUCACACCACUCCCAGUCUCAGCGUUGGCUGGGACGAGGUUACUGUUAAUUCCGAACACUCUGUACCAAAUACUGCUCCACUCCCAUUACAUUCCUCACCUUCAGCUGCAUCACCAGGUAAUUUUUAUUCUGAACUCAAAUUACAUCCAGUUUAUUUGAAACUGUGUGGCAACCAUUCCUCUGUUUAUAAUGUCUGUAUUUUUCAAUGAAAUCCUUUUUUGAAUAAUGCAGUAGUUUUUGUUUUUUCUCUCGGGCAGUGAUACAAAUUUCCAACUCAACAAAACAAACUUCGGGUUUUCGGUCCUUUACGUUCUUAACUUAAAGCUAUGUAUUGUUUAAAUGUACCAGUUAGAUCCUGCUGAUAUACACUAUGUUGUUGAUCUGUUUGCCUCCUGACCAGAAAACUAUCACAACCUGUGCAUCACAUGAUUUCACAGCUCUGUGCAAACACUGGCUUAGUACUGGGUGUGAGAAGGGAGAUCAGAAGGGGUCUGAGCAUAUCUGAAGGGUCACUACGUGACAGUAACUAUAUAGAGGCAUGGGCAUACUGUAGUAAAGUCUGUACUACAGCUCCAGACAGAAGGGAGUCUGUGACCCUGGCUGUGCGUUGAGGUCAGGUCAACAGUGUAGAGAUUUUGUAAUCCUAUUGCAACUACUCUAGAAAUAAGCGUCCCAUAUCAUCUGUAAUCAACACUCGCUCUACUGUUGCUAAGCUCAUUAACACUGAAGAUUUAGUUCUUUUUGUAACAGGUGACGUUAAUAAAAGGGAUGCUUGAUAAAUCUG